AUGGCUUCUCCCCGCCCCAACUUCGGUCCCCAAGGCUAUCCUCUGCAGAACGGUGCGGCUGCGGGCCCUGUCCCCGGUGCCACUCCGCUUCUCCCUAACAAUGGCCGAGUGAUUCAAAAUGGACCUACUCGAAUUCUAUGCAUUGCGGAUGUGCGAGGAAACUUGAAGUCUCUGAAUGAGCUGGCCAAGCAGGCCCGCGCAGACCACAUCAUCCACACGGGUGACUUUGGCUUCUACGACGAUACCUCACUCGAGCGGAUUGCGGACAAGACAUUGAAGCAUGUUGCACAAUACUCUCCCCUCCUUCCCGAGAAUGUGAAGCGGGCCAUCGCACAAGUUCCUCCCCAGCAAUCUAUUAAGCAGCGUUUCCCUCCUGAGCAGCUGCCCCUCUCCGAACUCUCCAUGCUUCUCGACAAGCGCAUCACUCUCGACGUCCCAGUUUACACAGUUUGGGGUGCCUGCGAAGAUGUACGGGUGCUGGAGAAGUUCCGCUCUGGUGAGUAUAAGGUGGACAAGCUGCACAUUAUUGACGAGGCCAACUCGCGCCUCCUCGAUAUCGGCGGUGUUAAGCUACGUUUGCUGGGUCUUGGAGGUGCCGUGGUCAUGCACAAGCUGUUUGAUAAUGGCGAGGGAAAGACAACAAUUGCCGGCGGGCAAGGUACCAUGUGGACAACGCUAUUGCAGAUGGGCGAGUUAAUCGAUACCGCCAACCGUGUUUACGACCCCUCCGAAACUCGCGUCUUCGUCACCCAUGCUUCCCCCGCGCGUGAGGGUAUGCUGAACCAGCUUUCCGUUACACUGAAGGCCGAUUUCUCCGUUUCAGCUGGUCUUCACUUCCGUUACGGUUCUUCGUACAACGAGUUCUCUGUCAACCCUUCCCUGGACCACUACCGCGGCAAGCUUGCUGCCUCCAAGGCCUCCUUCACCGAUGUGUGGGAGACUGUCCGAGGCGAGGUUGAGUCUGCUAUCUCCUCUAACGAUGGACAGAAGACUUUGCUUGAGAACGCUCUGGAUGUUGUCACCAAAAUGCCGUCCAUUGCUAAUGGCGGAAACCCAUUCGGUGGUCCCGUUGCUGCAGGUAACGCUGCCGGCCAAGUCGACGAGAGUGCUUUCAAGAACAUGUGGAACUUCAACUUGGCGGAUGCUGCUUUCGGAUACCUGGUCUUGGAAAUCGAGGGCGGACGUAUCGCGACAGAGAUGCGGGCCCAGGGAUUCAACUUCGCUCACCGUACUGGCAAGCCCCAGCCAGGCGGUGCUCCCCAGCCUGUGUCCAGCGGUCUUCCGGCUACCACUGCCUCACCCGCUCCUACCGGCGCUGCCCGAACUCCCGUUGUGGCUCCCCAGUUCGGUCAGGCUCCCCCCGCUCGUGCCCCCAUCCCCCAGGGCCAAAAGGGACCUCGGGCCUCGCCUAUUCCUGUUAUUCCCAAGUCAGCUAGCCCCGCUCCUCCCGCGGUUGCUUCUGCUCAGCCUGCCGGAGAAGAGAAGGUCGUUGCUGCUGAUACAAACGGCACUGGCUCGUAUGAUAAGACCGAGUCUCCCGUGCCCCGUGUCGAGAAGAAGCCAAGCAGCGCUCUUUUCGUAGCCAAUGCCGAGAAUGAGCAAUCUAUCCGUGACCUCAUCCCCGAGGAAGAUAAGCCUAAGGUUCUCAAAAUCGAAAAAUAUGGCAAGUUCGCUCAUGUCGUGACCUUCUCAUCCCCCGAGGAGGCCAAGGGUGCAAUGGAUCGUCUGCCCGUCGACCUCAAGAAGGUCCAGUCCACACCCGCUGGUCAACCCCGCAAGACCAAUUUCAAGUACUUCGAGGAACGCAGCAACCAGAACCGUGGUGUCGGAAAUGCCGGUCCCUGGCAAGCCAGCACCCGGGGUGGAGCCAGCACCGGUCAGCGUGGAUACACCAGUGCCAGUGACAGUGAAGGUGCCCGUCGCGGUGGAUUUAGUGGUCGUGGCGGCGGCCGUGGCCGCGGUAGUGAACGUGGUGGUCGCGGAGGACGUGGUGGAGCUCGCGGUGGUUUCAAGAGCGGCGGCUCAACCGACUCUCCUGCCCCUUCAGGUGACAAGCCCGCUGCCUCUGGCGACGCCUAA